CUGUUCCAGGUCCCAGAAGAGGCGGUCCACAGUGUGUACAUUAUUCAGCCCAAAAAGAAGGAUGUUGGGAAGCUCUUACUGAAACUACUGGCUUCGUCCAAGAUGUACACAGUAUUUUUCAGGAAAGUUCUGCUGAAGGAGAUAUUUGAACUGUCCAACUACAUUGACCGGAGCCAGUUACCGGCGUCGUGGGUGGUUAUUUUAUGUACUGUCACCAGAGUUGGGUGGCCUUCAUUAAGGAGAUCGACGUGUUUGUCCAGGACUUCCUGUCUGUGGUCCAGCGUCUGCCCACGUGCAUCUCCAGCCUGCAGGUUUUGUCCAAGCUGCCGAUGCCCUCCACCUUCAGGGAGCUCCAGCACUUCUGCUCCACCAGUGAAGCCAAGUUCCAGCAGCUGAGGAGGGAGCUGGGUCUGGAUGAGCUGCUGAGCCACUGUGAGAGGGUGUUGGAUAAACUCCGUCACCCAGAGAAGGAGGCGUGUUACCAGGCCAUGGCUGGCACCGCCCUCUUCACCCACACGGCCUUCAACAUGCUUCAGAACUACAACAGGAUAACUGCCACUGUGGAGAAAGUGGAGCUGAUGUGGCAGCAGACCUUCUCCAAGGCCCGAGUCCAGCUCCAGGUUUUCCAGCUGCGUGAUGACGCUCUGCAGAUCACAGAGCGGAUUGAAACGCUGCUUCAAGACAAGCUUCAACCCUACAAAAUGGAGAUCGCCCAGGACGCAGCAAAGGCGGGGCUUCUGGUGUCGGAGUUCACCGCGUCCAUUCACACUCCUGCAAUGGUUCUUGUUCGCCGUGCUGAAGACGUCAUCCACACACUGGUGGACAUCCUGCCCUUGGACAGUAGGAGCAGAGAGCGCUGGGUGGUGGACCUGGACAGGCUGAAGGACAAACUGCACUCCACUGUCCAUUACACCCUGCAAACCCUUAGAGCUGUGAACAGUUAUCACCAUUACUACAAUAAGGCCGACAGCUGGUACCGUCUGGUUCUGUGUGAGAACUUCCUCCAGGAGCUGCUGUCGGGGGUAGAAGCAGACUGUAACCCCAGACAGAGGACCAACUGGGGGACCAUUCCCCCAUGGAGGAAGAAACUGUCUGCUUUCCUGAAGAAGAACCCCCCUCCAGACAUGGAGGAGCUGCUCCAUCUGGCUCAUCUGUCCAGUGUCAUCCCAGAUGGACACGUCCAACAGGCAGGAAAACGCCUGUCCCAGAGGUGUAUGAGUGUGAGGAAACUGAUCAUCUCCUCUGGUCCUGUAGCUGUCGCUCAGCUUCAGUCGGCUCUGCAGUGGCAGUAUGAGCUCCUGCGGGGGGGCGCUCAUGUCAGUCAGCCUCCUGCCCACAGAGAUGAAGCAUUUCUGGAUGUUCACAGGGACCCCAACUGUAAAAGUCCGUCAGAACUGCGCUGUAGUCCUGACGCUUCCUGGGGCGGUUCAGAGUCCGACUUGACUAACUGUAAACCCAGUCUGGACUCGGCCCCUGUAACCGGGUCUCUUCUGGCGUCGGCUCAGUGUAACCCCGCCUCUCUCACCUCAUUCGACUCGGGCUUUGACGGAGCAGGGAGCAGCCACUUAGAGGGGAUGGAGGGUGUGUCCAGAUCAGGGGGGGGCCGGGACUCUGUGAGACCUGCUUUGAGCCAGACUCAGAUCAAUGAGGAGAACCUGGUGGGGUUGUGGGGUUCUGAGGAUCACACAGACCCGUCCAGUCCCAGUCCCAGGGUCCAGGUGGUCUCUAAAGUGACGGCGGAUUCCCUGAACUUGGAAAUCAAAGUGAAGCGUUCGGCGGCUCCGCCCAAUAACCCCUGGCUCAGUUUACCGGUCGAUGAUUUGGAGAACUCGUACACGGUCACCAUCACACAGAACCCACAACCGCAGCUCGUAGACCCGACGGUCCACGGAACCAGCAGAUGUCGAGACCAGCCCACGCAGACAGAGGUUCUGAAGGACCCCCAGACCACGGACUGUACGUUAUCGUCACAAAGCACUUUAGAGGAUUCUGAACUGAGCCCCAUCCAUGAGGUUCUGUCCAGCACCAUCAGAGACAAGUCCACCUGUACCACAGAGACCACCACCAUGAUCUGGGACUCCUACGACCUGCACGAGCAGUAUGUGGACGGUGUGAGUGACGUGUCCCUGAAGGACUGGGACGUAAAGGAACAGGAGGGUUUGAAGGAGGUGGAGAACAUUCUGGACAGGGCUGACCAGAUACUAGCGGAGGAGGAGAAUGUUCUGGCUCAGGAGGCCAUGCUGGAUGUCCUGCUGAAGGAGGACCGUCCCGGUCACUGGCCCCCGUGGAACGCUGAGGUCCAGCUCUGUGAGAUGUCCUCCUCUGAACUGACUGAAGCCGGUGUUCUGGGCCUGGAGGACUGUCCUGUUUCUGCAGAGCCGCAGACCUUCAGUGAGCACAGAUCUGAGGUGGACGGGCACCGUCAUGAAGAAGGUGGAUGUAACGGCAGGCCGGACCUGCUGACGGAGCUACGCAAAGUCCACGUCCUGGAUGAGCUGAUAGCAGAGGAGAACCUGAAGAUCCAUGAGCUGAGACGCUGCAGUGAACAGGAAACCUCAGGGAGCGGUCCUUCAGAUCCAAACCAAGCAUCCAGUCUGAGUGAGGACAGGCAUGUUUUCAGACUGCAGCUGGAAAAGGAGAGAGAGGAGGUGGAGAAGCUGGAGAGGAGCCUGGAUAAAGAGCAGGAAGAGGAGGUGGAGAAGCUGGAGAGGAGCCUGGAUAAAGAGCAGGAAGAGGAGGUGGAGAAGCUGGAGAGGAGCCUGGAUAAAGAGCAGGAAGAGAAGGAAAAUAAGGAUGGAGCUGGAAGAGAGGGCACAUGUUCUACAGCAGAACAGAAUGAGGAAGAUGCAGCGCUCUGUGGGGAACGUUUUCAGGCUGAAUCCAGUGGUGAUGAUGUGGAUCAGCUGGAAUCUGACACGAAUAAGAGCUUGAACCUGGAAGAUCCUGACUCCGCCCCCAAACUGCCCUCAUUGAAUGAAACUGGAUUGAACAGUGACUCAGACGAGGCGUCUGCAGAGCUGGGGAUCCAUCCACUGGGAUUAGACUCGCUUGGUGAAAAUUCAGCCGUAAGCAGUCCAGAAAGUUCUAGGACACUUGAAACACAACUGAAGGAUGGGGUGUUUGACCCGGGUGGUGGAUCAGCCCAGCUUAGGGCUUCACCUCCUCUGAGCAGCAGUGCCACAGAGGAUGAAGCGCCUCAUUCCAUUGAGGUGACCAGUGCAGAUGUGUCCUCAGCUGAUCCCAUUCCCACUCAGUUCACAGACAAACAGCCCCACCCUCCAGACCAGGACCAGGACCACCUCCAGGUUCUCCAUCCAAAUGUGAAGGAACACAGUAACAACAAUAACAACAACAAAAACCUCCAACUGGAGUCAAAAAUGACUUUAGACUCUCCUGACAUCAGCCUAGAUGACACAAAGGGACAGUGGACAGACGAAGGCUCAGCUGGUCCAGAUGCAGGUCCACAUCAGUGUCCUCCUGACUGUCCUCUGGAGUUUGACCCGGGUGGAGGAGGUGGGGUCUGGAUUUCUGAGGCCACCAGGACGUCAGGCAGUGGAAUCCAGACCCAGUUCAACACCAACAUGACACAGAUGACCAGUUUCCAGACCCCCAUCGUCCUGGACACUGGGUCUGGUUUGAUGAAAGCUGGAUUUGCAGAUCAGGACCUUCCAAGUGUCAUAUUCCCGACCAUUAUCGGACUACCCAAAUAUGAGGAAAUAAUGAACAGCAGUGCUGAACGAGAGGUGUACAUCGGCCAUGAGGCUCAGCACAUGAGGGGGGUGUUGGCUUUGAAACAUCCCAUCAGGAACGGAAUCAUCCGCAACUGGGACGACAUGGAAAAGAUCUGGCAUCACACCUUCCAGCAGCUGUGUGUGGACCCAGAGGACCACCCCGUCCUGGUCACAGAGGCCGCCAUGAACCCCCUGGAGAACCGCCAGCGCACUGUGGAGAUCAUGUUCGAGUGUUUUGGCGUUCCCUUCACCUACGUGGCCAUGCAGGCGGUGUUGGCACUGUACGCCGCGGGCAGAACCACAGGGGUUGUGUUUGACUCUGGAGAUGGAGUGAGCCACAGCGUCCCGGUGUUUGAUGGAUACUGUCUACCUCAUGCGGUGCAGCGCUUCCCUCUGGCCGGUGCCGAUGUUACCGCGCAACUGAAAAAGCUUCUGCAGGAGCAGGGCGUGUCCAUGCGCACCACCGCAGAGCUGGAGAUCGUCAGGGAGAUGAAGGAGAAGUGCUGUUAUCUGGCUCUAAACUAUGAGCAGGAGCUGAGUGGGGGGGGGCCGUCUGGGGGGGUCACACAUUACACCAUGCCGGACGGACAGGUCGUCAGCCUGGGCACCGAACGCUUCAGGGCUCCUGAGAUUCUGUUUAAACCCCAGCUGAUUGGACGGGAUCAUUAUGGGAUGCACGAGAGCAUCUUCAAGUCGAUCCUGGGCUCAGACAUGGACCUGCGGCGCUGCUUCCUGGGGAACAUCAUCCUGUCAGGUGGGAACACUCUGCUGGGGGGGCUUCCUGAGCGUCUGCAGGCUGAGCUCAGAGGCCUGGUGACCUCCGACCUUUGGGACGGCGUCCGGGUCAGCAGCCCCUCGGACAGAGACUUCUCGGUGUGGAGCGGCGGCGCCGUUCUGGCCAACGGCGCCGGGCCGGGCCUGGCCUGGAUCAGCCAGGACGAGUACGAGGAGCACGGCCCGCAGAUAGUCUUCAGGAAGUGCUUUUGACAAACACAACAUGUGCAAUAAACGGACGACAACAGAGGGUUCAAACACAUCUGACAUCCAGAGGAAAGGUACAAUAAAGCACACGUGUCAAACAUGAGGCCCGGGGGCCAAAUCCAGCCCACCAAAGGGUCCAGUCUGACCCGUACGAUGAAAUACACUGAAAAUACUAACAAUCAGUGGUGUCAAAAUCAUCUAAGUUCAGGAUCCACAUACAGAACAAUUCGAUCUCAGUUGGAUCAGACCAGAAAAAAACUAUCAUAAUCACCUAUAAAUAAUGAAAACUGCAGAUUUUAUCUUUGUUUUCAUGUAAAAAAAAAAAAAAAAAAAGUUAAAUUACAUGAAAAUGUUUAUAUUUA